AUGGCGAUUCUUCAGACGGAACAAAUACCUUCCCUCUAUUAUGUGACGUAUCUCAUAGCAGGCAGAAUAGAGGUCACCGCGGAUACCCCUGAGCUGUCGGUACAAUUAUCCCGGUGGCAAUUCCCCAUCAUCAAACUAUUUUGGACGGUCCUCUGGUCCGUCAAGGCCAGUUUCCUGGCCGUUUUCUACCGCCUGGUCAAGCCCUUUGCAAUUUAUCGCAGAGUGUGGUAUGGAGUUGCACUGUUCACAUUUCUAGCGUAUGUCGGAUGUGUGGUUUCCAGUGCUUUGACAUGUUCUCCCCCGUCGGAUUACUUUGUUGCGGGAAAAUGUGACUCUGAAAUCGAACUCUGGAGACAGCGCUUUAAUGUGCUUUUUUCGACGAGUCUUGAUGUGGCUACUGACCUCAUCAUCAUGGCUCUGCCGAUCGCGCUUCUCCCAUCUCUGCAGCUCAACAUCAAGAAAAAGAUUGGCCUCGGUGUCGCAUUCAGCCUAGCCGUCUUGAUUAUAUGCGUCGCAAUCGUACGCAUGACCCAAGUUAUCGUCAACCAAAAGGUCGACCUCAUCGGUCUUGCUAUCUGGGGAGCUGUCGAGACAUCAACCGCCGUCAUCGUUGGCUCUCUGCCCCCAUUGAAGGCCCUCCUUACACGCAGUGUCAAAAAGUACGCAUCCAACGGCAAGUCGAGUCAGAAAUACGGCAAAAAUGUACGGAGCAACCAGCACAAUGACUAUGCACUCGGCUCACAAUCACGGACCAUCAUGGUAGCGGAGUCGAUACCGCUGGAUGAUAUGCAUACGAGUAACCAAAAGAAUGGGGGAAUAUACGUGCAAAAGGCGUUUGAGACGCAUGUUGAGUACGACAAUUCUUCGAGGGAGGAUGAUGACGAAGCUGCUAUUUAG